AUGGCAAUAGGCCGGGUGAUGGGCUCCUGGGUAUGGAAAUUUUUGUAGCAAUAAACUCAAAUGCCCACCAUCUAUCAAAGACCUAUAACACUUGAAAGAGAGUCUUAAUGACAAAUUUGUAACUUUUACAUCCAACACAGUGGUAUUUCAAUCUCACUAAACAAUUUUGUGCAAGUGGUCAGCUUAAUUCAUGCUGAAACUGUUUGGUGGCUCUCCAUACAUCUGUUUACUAUAUGCACUUUGCUGACAGAAGCAAUACAUUAAUUUUACAUCAUCCUUUACUAUCAUUCACCUGAUGUUUGAUGGUUACAAUACUUUAUCAAGGUAUUGUAACUAUUGACAUACAUCAGUCAGAACUGUAGACAAAAUAUUCCUUAGACAUUUAUUUUGACUUGUAAGGGUACAAAUUUCUGAAAUUUAUGAAUAUCAUGUAAGUAAAAAUGAAAGGCAGACAGAAUUUUGGGCUCCUGAAAAAACUUUAUUAGAUAUACUCCAUCUUUUAAUUUAAUUCCAAGAAGUUAUUUACAUCUGACUUCAACUGACAGUCCUGCUCAUUACAGAGAGCUCUCAAGUCUCAUGCAUUGAACAUGAGACUCACACAAACCGAUUCAAAGUUAGGCUUUUGCACUGAAGUCAUUAUUUCUCAUACAAUCAGGGUUUCUGAUUUAAACUGUUAAUUUUGACAUAGCAAACCACAGCUUUAAUUAGUUAGUGCUGAUAAAAUUAAUUAUCCCUCUCAGGAGCCCAUUACUUAAAGGGUUCCUUUCCCUUUGAACAUAAUUUACUCCUUUUCCUCUUGUGUUUGCUUUAGAACAAUUACCCACAGUAGAAAUUCUCACAAAUCUUUGGGGGAGGGGAGCAUGCUCCCAUACCCCCCCCCCACUCCCAGUCAGGUAAGUGAGGCCUGAGGUGUCUCACCCCAGCAAAUUAACUUAAGAACUCUGAUUAUAUCUCCAGAAAAUACAGACUCUUCAGCAAGAGCAUACCACCCUUAUAACAACAAAUUCUCUUUAAUAGUUUACAAAGUAAUAUGUGGCAGGGAGAAGGGAGAACCAGAAGCUGAGAGUUUAAGGGUUUAUCAGCCUGGCCAUGAACCUUUGUCCUCCCCACAAAUUUGAAAAUUCUGUGAGAUCAAUACCUUUAGAAAAACACCACAGGGUCAAAAACUUCCCUCUUAAUUAUGGAGUUUCUCAAGUCAUUUUGUAAUUAAAGUUUAAAGGCUGCCAGAUAUCAACAGCCAUUAAACCCUUUAACUCCCAUGAGUGAUCAAGACAAAAUUUUUCCCUUCUAUAUCAAUGCAAUAUCAACCAGAUAAGUGAUGAGAAUAAAGACAAAUAUCAAUUUGGGGAUAAUUAGUUGACCCAAUACUAAAUUCCCUGAACUAACAUUCUAAGAAUUGUAUGGUGGACUGUAAGGGGAAUUACAAAUUUGAUCUGGGAGUUAAAAGGUUAAGUGGUUUAAUUAGUUAAGUACACAGCAGAUCAGACACACCCUAAUUUGCUUUCUCUUCAUAAAAGAGGGUGUUGGUAGGUUGUAAAUCGCAGUUCAAUUAAUUAAAUCGUCGAUCGAUUAUCUCUAAAACAGCAGUUUCAGCUUACCUUAAAAAGAUACGUGAGUCCAUAAACAUAUGUAAAAACAUCGAUCCCAAAACAGGUUAUAUAAUAUUAAUACAGGGAGUUAGGAAUCUAAUUGAGUGCAAGGCUGUAUUUAAGGACGCAGACAGAACUUGUCGCAGAGUACGUUGCUCGUUAGGGUUGAAGUCUUUCUCUAGGCCUGACCAAUCUAUCUCACUCUAAAACUUGCGAAAUUUUCAGCCUUGAAUAAAACAAUGAUAUAAAACUGUAAACAGAAGAACUAGUACUGGUUGUGAACAAAUAGAAAGUCUCAACCACUCAACUGAACAACACCGCUGGUAGUUUUAUGGGUUAGCUGGGGGUGGUUCUAUGUAAUCUGGUGCCAUGCCUGCAGCUGAAGAAGGAUGCGGUGUCUCUCGUUUCAUAUCCCUGUACACUUGAAAGUGCAUGAAGAACUCUACAGCGAACAGAGCCAAGCAGACGAAACCGAAAAAGGUGGCUGCACCUGCGGUGCUUGGACUUGUAACACAAAUAUGUUUUGCACACGAAGCUGUCAGCGAUGAGCCAAUUAAGAAACCCAAAACAGCCAGCCCACAAAGAACUAGGAAUAGGACAGGAUGGCGGAAAAACCACAGUAGCUUUUCCCAAAAACCAAUCAGAUGGAGAAUUAUGUCGAUGAGAGCGUUUACGAACGCGGUCCAUGCGACGAAAUCGAAGAAGGUAAGUUUUCCAACACAACCGCAUCCAUACCCGCUGCCAUUAAUGUAAAUCCACGAACUAACUGAUGAGCCACAGGCACCAGCCAAAAGCGUAAACAACAACUCUACACAUUUUAGCCUGCCUAACCAUGUCUUGGUGAUGAAGUCUGGCGAAAACUCAAAAAAACUAUCCCCUUGUUGUUCCGCCAUGUUACUCUUAACGGAAGUUGUUAUGGGCAAGAUCCUGUAACACAGGCAGCCCACACUUGGGGCAUGACUUAUUUCAGAUUUUCAUUAUCAUGAUAAUUCAACCAUAAAGACAAGAAUAUAACAGCGAGUGAACAAGAGUGGGUUUUUUCCAGUUAAACUUAAAUAAAAAUUACAGACUUGAAUGAUCUUCACCCAUCGAUCAAUAAUGCUGUCACGCGAUGUUUGUGAUGUAUAGUGCCACAGGGAAGUCUUACGCCUUCAGUCAACGUCCAUAGGUGGUUUCACAAUCUGGAUUGCCCUAAUAUUCAACAUUUCUUAUAACCAAGCUCAACAAUUGCAAGGAAAAUUCCAUCAGAAAUAAUAUAAACCCCAUCCACACCAGCAAAAUAAUUGUUCUGUUACACCGGAUUUAACUAAAUGAAACUUGGAAACAGAAAAUUGAAGAACUGAAUUUUCCAUAGGUUUCAAGAAAUCACUAACUUGAAGUUUCAGUGUGCUAAAUUUGAAGUCGACAAAGAUCGGUUGAAGCAGUUUCUAUAAAGAAAAGAAUUUUAAACUCUCCUGUCAAUAACAAAACAUCUCUAAAACAUGUUAAAGUUUUAUUGUGAAUGGGGUAUAAAACACACAAAAUUUAGAAUACUGGGGGAUUCCAUGACCAUUCCAUUAGAGGGCUUAAUCUGAUCUUGAUUACUACAAGCUUUUGUAGUUUUCUUUUUUUUUUUUAAGGGGGUUCUGUGGUUGAGCUGUUAGUGUGCUAGGCUCUAGCAGUCCUCAUUGUGUCUCUCUCUACUCAGGAGUAUAAAUAAAUACUGGCACAGCAAAAUACCAAAGCCUUUACCAGACUUGCAAUAGAUGGAGAGAAGUGUGUCGGCAAAAAUCAGCAUGUUUUUGUCCAAGAGACUUAUCUAGAGGAAGUCAAACUUCCUAAAUAUCACAUAUAGUAAUUAUAUUGUAAUUAUAAUUGUAUGAUUUUUUUUUAACAGAUGUUGAUGAAAUGCCACAAUUCCCUGUUGCAAGACCAUGAUUUCCUCAUCAUGAGCAGUAAAACUAUUUUUUUACUGGUGAUAUUAUCAGUGUUGUUAUGGUAAAAGGUAUGUCUACAUGACAGUUUCACAUUUCAUGAAAGGGUUUUACUACAUUUACAAAUAUCACCAAGAUCGAGUUCAACUUUUUUAAUAGAAAACAUUACUUGUUAUGAGAACUGGUUUUCUUAAUUCUUCAUUUCAGAGGUUGAAAAAGCUUUUCUGCAAGCUGAGUUUUCAAGCAGGAGAUCUCUGCAUUCAGUGUCCUCACAAUGUGUCAAUAUUUUCUUUAAUUCAAAUAUGCAAUCAAUAUAUUAAUAAUACACAGAUCAUCGCAUGUCCACUUCUGAACAGGAAUUUACUUUCUCAAGUUAAUAUCUCUCACUUGCUCUCUUUUUCAGAUGCAAGAUAUUAUCAACACUCAAUUGCUGAACAUUCCAAUCCUUCAUCCAGCCCACAGAGAAAUUGGCCCUGAAUAGUAAAGCAUUUUUUCCCUCUUUAUACCCUUUCCUUCUUAAGAUCUCAUAAGUCUUAUAAUGUUAGUUCGGAGAAUUUGUUAUUGGAUCAACUAAUAAUCCCCCUUGAUAUUUUUCUGUUGUUGUGAUCACUUGACUGUCUGCUUGAUAUUGUAAGGAGAAAUUCUGCCUUAGUCACUCAUGGGAAUUGGAAGGGUUAAUCAUCUUUUUCAUUUGGGGAGUGGAACAAAGAUGUAUAUUCCUAAGCAAUUGCUUUGUAACCUAUCUUUCUGCUUGUCUUCACAAGAAAACUUACCAGACUUUGCAGGAUAAUUUCAGAGCUCUGAUUAAGGGCUAACGCUUGAAAUGUCUGCAAAAAACUCUUUACAGUGACCAAUUUACAAUAACAACUCAGUUGAAAAGACUGGUUUGUCUUUCAAUACCUCCACUAAUGCAGCACCACAGUUGCUUAGGAAAAUUCCCCCCUUCUUCCCCAACUUUGGUUCUUGUUCAAUUUCACCUGGAAUUUUUGUGCUGAAGGAUGUGCAUCUUUAAAUUGGUGAAUAAAAAUUAUUGUCAGAAAAUUCCAGCACAAUUUCAGAAUUCCAAUUAAAGUUUUGUAAGAGAGCAGAUUUAAUCACACUCUCUACAUUUUAUUUAUUUGCCGUGAAAAUUGGUAUUACAUGUAACACUACUAUAUAUUGAAUUUAUACUCUACAUAACAGCACUGCACGAAUGGAUAGAUCAUUGAUUGAUUGUUUCCGAGACAGAAAUUUUCCUCACUAUUACAAGAAAAGAGAAAUAGAAAUAAAGCAAUACAGGAAAGAUCGAUCACGCCAGCAGCUAAAGUAAGAUCUAAAGGGAGCUCGAGGUUUACAAAAAUGGCGAAGCUGUUCAUAGAUUGAUGAAAAUUGAUGUCAAGUUGAUGUUAGUUAUGUAAGUCUAUCUUGAGUCCUAAGAUAUGUCUUCUCCAGUGCUCUUUCUUACUAAAUGUCUAAGCUAAAUGUCAAAUGUGCAUAAUGAUCUUAGCGGAAAUGUCCACGUAAACAGCACUCGAUCACUCAAAUAGCUCCAGGUGCCUCAGAGUAAGGUGGUGGUGGCUCUUCAAAAUCUGGAGCUUUGCCUCCGCUUGAAGAUUGAUGCUGUGCUUCUAGCUGCAUACUCCUGUACUUCUGAAAGUGUAUGCAGCACUCCGCUGCGAACAAAGCCAAGCAGACGAAACCGAAAAAAGCAGCUGCUCCCGCUGUACCAGGAUUGCUUACACAGGUUUGUGUUGCACAAGAAGCGGCGAGGGACGCUCCGAUCAAAAAACCCACAACAGCCAGUCCACAUAAGAUUAGGUACAAAGUAGGAUGGCGGAACCACCAAAUAAGCCUUUCCCAUAAACCAGCAAGAUGUAUAAUCAUGUCGAUUAACGCGUUGACGAAAGCAGUCCAUGCGAUGAAGUUGGAGAAACUUACUUUACUAACACAAUUGCAACCCGGCCACGAUAAAACGCCUGCUCCACACGCACCAGCGAGAAGAGAAAAUAUCACCUCUGUACAUUUUAGCCGGCCUAACCAGGUCUUGGUGAUAUAGUCUAGGGUAAACUGUAUAAAACCGUCCCCUCUCUGAUCCGCCAUGUUGACAUUCAAGAGACCGAUAGUGAAGGUUUGACAGCGUCUUUUCAAUGA